AUGGUUAGAAAAGUUCUCAAGUUGGGAUACAAAGUUGGUAGUAGAGGAAUUUCAGAUCGUAGUACUUUAUAUGAAAGGACUGCUGACAUACCAAAUCCUAAGAAUACUCCAUUUAGAGCACCGAAAGCUUGGAAAACUCAUCCUGAUUUUUUGAAUAUUAUUACUAAGUCUUGGGAACAACAUAUUGAAGGAAAUCCUAUCUUUGUUUUUAUGAGUAAAAUGAAAAGACUAAAAGUUGACUUGAAGGAAUGGAACUGGUCAGUUUUUGGAGAUGUUAAUAAGAAGCUUAAGCAUAUAGAAGAUGAAUUAAUGAUAUCUACUGCAGCAUUAGAUAAUAAUCCUUCAGAUAUCGCAUUAUUGAAUAAUCUUGUUACUGCAAGGGGUAAACAAGAAGUUUUACUACAGCAACAAAGAGAGAUUGUGCAGCAAAAGUCAAGAGUGAGUUGGUUAAAAGAUGGAGCAUCUAAUUCAAGAUAUUUUCAUAUCCAGGUGAAACUAAGACAAGCUCAAAGUAUGAUAACAGAACUUGAAAAUGAUGCAGGAGUUAUUCUCACUGAUCAAAAAGAGAUUGCAAAUGAGUUGGUAAAUUAUUAUGAAGCAAAAUUCAAAUAUCAAGAUGUUAAUAUAGAUGAAAGUAUUUUUACAAGUAUUCCUAGUGUUAUUACAAGAGAAGACAACAUCAUGAUAAAUCCCAUUCCUUCUGAUGAAGAAAUAAAAGUUACAGUCUUUGAGUUGAAUCCUGAAAGUGCUUCAGGUCCUGAUGGGUUUGCAGGAUGGUUUUAUAGACUCUCAUGGGAAGUAAUUGGUCAUGAAUUCACAAAGGCAGCAAAUGUUUCAUUCCAAACGAAUUAA